UUCCAGUUACCUCCCAAAGUCUUGAAGGAACGGAAUGUGCAACCAUGGGUUCUUUCUGCUGCUCCUGUAAUUCGCCUUUGACUUGGAUGUACACCCGCCAGGGAGCUUCAACUUGUACAAGACGCUUAUUGUAGUGGCACGACGACUGGAUUCCUCAGCUCACCAUGCGCUGUCCACGAAUUACUCGAUCGAAAGCUCUUACCUCGCUUCUACUUGUAGUCUUGUUAUACUUGUACAACGAAAAUUCCGUGCUACGAGUAAAAAUAAAAACCUUGGAAUAUUCUAACAUGAAGCGUGCAGCUUUGGCAGAUCCGAACAAAAGCAAGCAAGUUAUGAACGACAAAGAAGAAAUAAAUGCAAGUAGCACUAUAAUAAACGUGGCAAAAGCACCGCAGAAAAUACAUCAAUCUUUAAACGAUUCAAGUGGGCUGGAUAGGACGUCGACAGAGUCAGAUCGAGUUGCCUUCGCUUCCGAGAAACUGUCUAUAAUCAUCUACGACGAAAAGGGAGUACUGCCAUCAAGCAGACGAGUAAAACAACUUCAGAUUAUGUUCCCAAAAUCUGCUUUCUUUUGGAACGAUCAUACGGACAACAAUCUUGCCACGAGCUUAAAUAACAUAAUCAAGAAAGUAAAUACAAAGUACUUUCUAUUCUUGGAGCCGAAAGUGAUGCCUUCAGACCGUGCGCAAGAGGACGUCGCUUCUUUAUGGAAUGCUUUGGAAAAAUACCCCGGUCUAGAUGUUAUAGGCGGUUCGUAUCUCGCUGGAAACAAACUAUAUGUGCAAUGCAGCCGCUAUAGACUAUGUCGGUGGACCUUCUCCGAAAGUUAUGAGUAUGUUCGCUUUUUAGACAAUAUUAUGAUUUGUGAUGGGAUAUCAUCCUCAUUUAUGGCAAGAACAAGCAGUAUACAAAAUAUUUCUUUGUUAUUUGACCCGAAAAUGAACGAUAUCACAGCCCUGAAAGAUUUCUUUUACCGUGCUAAAGGUUAUAAUCUGACAACCGGAACAAGACCCAGCAUGAUGUUCUUACAAAGUCAAUACAAAAGCUUGUAUCAACUAUGGACUUCACGCGCGGUAGCUGAAGAACUCGUUUCGUUUGCAGUGAAACACAAGGUGUUAAUUUUUAAAGAUAUCGAGGGGAAAUUAAUCGAACUUUGCAGCCCAUCAAGUCCUUUGAGCGGCAAAGGUUUGUGUAUUGAACGAAACUCGCACGAGCUUUUGCUCGGUGGUGGGCACUGGGCAUAUAAAGGUCUUUAUGCUUAUCCUUAUUUAUAUCAAUAUCUCGUAACAACAUUAUUCGAAGUUACCGACCACUUGGAACGACAUAACGUCAGUUACUUGAUUGAUGGCGGUGUUAGCAUUGGUGCGAUUAAAAUGCAUUCCGUACUACCAUGGGAUUCAGGAGACAUCGACGUACAGGUGUUUGGAUUAACUGUACAACAAAUAUACGAGUUGUUUCAGCCAUUUAAAGAACAAAAAGGAUAUGUCGUCCGUUUGAUAUCAAACCCAGAGCAAGUGCAUGUUUUCUGUACGCCAAAGAAUGUCGGUGAUCUUUCGGGUGGGAUUGCGACGAUAUUUUCGCGCCAAGGUCCAAUACCUGAACUGAUGAAGAUCAAGACUAAUGGCAGAUGGAUUAAUUAUAGUAGAGCGUUGUUUAGAUAUUUAAUUGAUACCUAUGGAGAAGAUAAAUUUCUCGGACAUUCAUUACACGGAGGGAGAGAAACGAUGGAGUGUAAGAUAAAAGGACAUAACGCUUGCUUGCCUAACUUUAAAAAUUUCUUAAACGGAAAGGGUGGUACAGCACGGGAAUAUUUCUGCGAGAUUUGACUAUUCAAGCAGUACUAGUUAUUAUGUGAUUUUUGAUUUUUUUAUAGGCCAUUUUUGAACUGUUAGAUAUUACCUCAUGCUCUGUGAUUAUGCUUAUAUUCACUUCGCCUUCAGCAACUAAUUAGGAAAAUUAAUAGAAAACAUAAGCUAAAAAAAGCCCAAAAUAGAAACUAGGCAUGUGAUAAGGCCGAAAAAAUCUGCUUUCUGCGUAUGUUGGUGGCUUGCUUGGCCGCCGCUUAUUUUAGUAUAUAGUUAUCACCUUAGGUGAUAUCAGUUUUAUCGCCCGACGGAUAAUAUCACAAAUUAUUAUACAUUAUAGUAGUAAAAGCAAUUUG